AGAAGAAUGAGGGGUCAGAGAAGUACAUGGAAAACGUCAAAACGAAUGCCCGCUGUGCCUCUUGCGAGAAUGUCUGCUAGGUGCAGUAAGGGAAUGGCGCGCGGCGAGGACGACUUCCUACACCUUCUCUCAUCAAUCGGGAUUUUUCUUUUUUCGGAGAACGCACAUACUUGCAUUUGCUUGGUGACCUUCGGAUACGCAUUUUUAUCCACAACUCUGCAGCUUUCUCCAUUAAGCACGUCUCGGAACAAGAAGUACUCUUUUGCUUUUCUUUGAAUGUUAGUUUUCGUAACGACAACAGGAACAGCCAUGUCGACUUCUCAAGAUCGUGCGGUGUCUUCACAGUCAGAGGGACGCAGUGCCUCACGAUUUUGGGAUUAAAAGUCAAAAAUUCAUGUUUAAUUUUUUUUCUUUUUAUUUUUUGCACAUAUUUGGUUUCGGAGUCGUGCCCUUUUUCUUCCUAAGUAGUCUGUUAUCUUUUCCCCUUUAGAUACUUCCUUUAUAUAUAUGUUUUCCACAGUCGUUGUACAUCGUGGUUGUGCUUCCAGGUUCCUUCCACGUGUAGUAAGUUCCCAUCCCGUUUCAUAUGGUAUCGUUUUUGUAGUUUAUUGUUAUUGCUCCUAAUGCUAUAAGUACAAGUAGCUAAUCCCUAACCCCCCCCCAGCACAUCAACGCCCACGAUCAAAGGAGUAGGUACCAGAAUGCCCAUGAAUAUUUGCAAAAACAGCAGUAGCUGCUCCCCGGUCUUUGCCCAGGAAUAGAAAUUCCAUUGCAUAUCCUGCUCCCGAUGAAAUGCAUCAUAGUCGUCUGUUCCUGUAGUUGCACCCCAUAGAAGCACGUCCCCGGCGGCAUAGCCUGUCGCGUCACAGGAAACACGACAUCCUCGACCCCCACAUGACCCUUUUCCCCCGAAGCAACUUUCAUCCCCCUCGAAUUCCGUUCCACCUGGCCGGUACGUCGUGUGCAUGGUAGUGUUCUUUCACUUCCGUGUCAUUAUCGUGUUUAGCCAAGCACGGCCGUGUUCCCUUGUCUGCCGAUAGUUCGGAGGAGGUCGCUUCUCCGCUGGAGAAGAAAAAAAAUAAGGGGAGAAAGUAAAGUUGCAUGUGUAGAAGCAUCUGUCUAUGCUCGCCGAGGUUCAUCAUGCAAGAAAAUCCACGCGCAACUGCAAAAUCUUCGUAACGUCCUCACAUCAUGACGUGUUGAAUUUAUUUCUGCUCGCUCUGGAUCCUGUAUGUAAGUAUGAUGUAUUUCUGCGCGCUUGCUUUUUAUUACUAACACCGUAUAAGAAAACAAGCACAAGUGCCGUCGAAAGCGAAACUGCAACACCGUACAGGCUGAGGCUAGGUCACAUACGCAUUCCCACUUGCAAAUAUGUGUGGGUCUGGAAACUUGUGAUGCUAAAAUGUGCAUGAUGGAAACACUCCCGAAUGCAGUCCGGCAUGACAACUUCCCAAAACGCUUUCUCAUAGGCAAUCCGCAUAAGAAACUGCGUUUUUGCAUGACAAAAGAGGCUGCGACUUUUGUUGGUUAUGCAAUACAGAUUUUCUAGGUAUGGAAAGCUAGCAUUACAAGUUCCAACCUUCCAGACCCAGACACUUUUACAAUCCAUACUGCGGGGUCGAUAACGAUGUCCGGGUCUUCGACGUACGGGAGCGGAAAUUGGUGUGGAAAGCGAAAAACCUGCCGAAUGACAAAUUGGAUCUCCAGGUCCCAAUCCGCUACUCGAGGAUACACUGGGCGACUGAGGUAUAAAAUCAGGAAUGCUUUUGCUUUUUGUAGUAGAUAGUUUAAAGAAUUAUGCACGAUGCAUGACAAUGCAGGAAGAUGACCAAUCUGUUGUAGUACCAUUUGCAAUGCUCGAGCACGUUAAGAACGUUGUUAUUUAUUUCGAAUUUCCAGCAAAAGAUAAAGAACUCAUACUCGACUUCUCAAGAAAUCCUGUAUCCCCAGGCCCUCGACUGCGACACCGCGUUGGUGUGCUGCACCAUGGACGGCAAAAUCCGGAUUUUCGACAUGAAAGCGAAGCAACCGCGGGCCCUGUUUGACCUCCCCGUCGUGUACAAGCGCGAACGAUCCAUCGGGCACGCGGGCGCCGCGGGGAAGUAUCAACUGUAAAAAUGUCUGGGUCUGGAAGAUUCUGACACUUGUCACGCACGUUUUGCAUGAGCCAUAAUGUCUGUGAUGCAUACCCUAGCAAUACAGAUUUCUUGAGGGCUUCUUGAUGCCUAUCCCGCAUGACAAAUGCCUCCUCAGCGUAGGAAAAAUUGCAUUCCCUACUUUGGUACUCAUGCAAUACAGAUUUUUUUGGAAUCCAAAUGCAGCAUCAAAAGUUGCAUUCUUCCAAACCCAGACAUUUUUACAUUUGAUAGGAAGGAAGAGAGACCCAUUACCGCGUCGGUGUUGACCGACAACGGUAUUCUGGCUGUUGGCGUAUGAAUUGCAAAAGUAUCGUACUCGUAUAAAUGCAUUACAAAUUUCCUCAGCAUGAGAAAUAAAAUUUGUAAUGCGGAUUUGCCUCAAGAAGAAGAUUUGUAAUGCAAGACUUGCAUUUAUACGAAUACGAUACUUUUGCAAUGCAUAUGGCGACACGGUCGGGAACCUCGAUAUUUUCGACUUGACCAAAACGAAACCCUAUUUGACGGGAACGCCGGACUCCUUGCUUUUUCAGAACAAGAUGGUCAAGGACAUCCCGAAAAUCGCCUCCAUCGCCCACCUAUGGAAACCAAAAAUGUCUGGGUCUGGAAGAUUGCAACUUGUAAUGCUGUCUUUGGAUUCCAAAAAAAUCUGUAUUGCAUGACCAGCGACAGGACUCCAGUUUGUGUUACGCGGAGAGGGCAUUUCUCAUGCGGAAUAGCCAUUAGGAAGCCCUCUACAAAAACAAAUCUGUGUUGCUAGAUCAUGCAUUAGAGCAGGCAUCAAUCAUCAUACAAAAUAUGCAUGACAAGUCUGCAUCCUUCCAGACCCAGACGUUUUUGCAUUUGAUACCAUCACGAGUACGUUUGGAAGGGGCAAAUCAUCAAGUACCUCGGUGCGUGUGCCCCCGAGGGCUCCGCGAUUCGAUCGCUGUGCUUUAUCCCGCAGACAAAACAACUCGCGAGCGUCGGGCUGGGCCGGUUCGCGACCGUCCACAAGGCUUUGGAGUCGGAUAAACGACGGGAACAGGAUAAAAAGACGUACAUGAAACAAAAACUAACCGCAGUCGUGGCGUUACCUCCGGUAUGGAGAGAAAAAAGUUUGUCACAGUCACUAACUUGCUCUUGCAGGCUUUGCAUUACAAAUUUUCUCAGCAUCACAAACUUUCCAUGUAUUGCAGAAACACUAGGGAAAUCCCUAAUGAAGUUUGGCUGUGAUGCAUUUUUACGCAUGACAAACAAUUUUGCGUUGCAAGAAUGCGCAUGAGUGAUCGUGACGAACUUUUUUUCUUUGAUAUCCGGUGGAUCUGAGCAAGGUGAAAGUGGAGGGGGAGGAAGCGGAGACGCAGAAAACGGAUUAUCCUGAGUAAAAAUGUCCCCACACCAGAGUCAAGAUGGGGAUUUUGCAACACAAACCUAGAACUUUUGGGGGUCACGCAUCACAAGUUGCAGUCCGUAGUGUAGUGCAUGUUCGCAAGGCCAGCUGCAUCAGAAAUCCAUCUGCUCAUCCUGUUUACAGCAUUACAAAUUCCAAAACACAACUAAAAAUGACUCUCCUGGCGAUGCGCAUUACAAAUGUUCCUGUCAUUGCAAAUCUGCAUGACAACUCUGGUGCGGGUACGUUUUUACUCAGGAUACGGACAAUUCGAAAGCAAGAAGUACACCCGCGUCAUCUUCAAAAAACACGACGGCAACUACUGUAGCCGAUGCAGAUGAACUUGCUUCAGACGCGGAGGAGGAAGAGGAGGAGGAAGGGAUGUUGAGCGAUGACGAUAUUGUGUCUGAACUCAGCUACGGCAGCUACGUGCAGGAGUUUGACGACGAUGACGAAAGCUCGGAGGAGGUCGCACCUCCGCCAAAGAAGAAGAGAAAUAAAGGGAGAAAGUGAAUUAGUAUUGCAUCAAGAUGACAGCUCGACGGUUGCCAAGCCCCUGAGCAUGCAGUAG